AUGGCGACCGAGAACUGCACAUCCUACCCAGAUUUAGAUCUGGAGCUAAGAUUAGGUCUUCUCCCUUGCGCGUCCAGGAAACGACGGCGAGUCAAUGACUCGGAAGAAUUAAACCCUCCUCCGAUCAGCAAUCUCGGUGACGAUCUCCUAGCAGAAGUUCUGAUUCGCCUUCCGGAACCUAGAUCCGCCUGGCGAUGCAAAGCUGUCUGCAAGCGAUGGAAUUCUCUGAUUUUCGAUCCCCACUUCGCUCGCCGUUUCACAUCUCACCACCAGAGCAGAUGGAACCGAUACGGCGGUGGUGGCGGCGAAUUCGAAGAGCCACCUUUGAUGACCUUAGCCUCCGGCAAAUCCGUUUUGAGCUUCCUCCCCCUGCCUGAGGAAAUAAGUGAGAGAGGAUGGCAUUUCCUAGUUUUUGAUGUUUACAAGGACUUGGUUUUGUGCGGAUUUAACGAGGGACGGCUAAUUGGUGCCGAAUUCCCGAGAUCUCUCUUCCUCUGCAACCCGUUUACGGAGCAGUGGAUCGCUCUUCCUUUAGCGCCUAGAACUUCUUCUGCGAUUGGAUUAAAGGAGGCAAGUGUCUGGAUUGUCAAAGAGAGAAUUAUGGAGUGGCUGGAUUCUCAGAAGAAAGAAUUUAUGCAGUGGCUGGCUUAAUUAAAAGACCCCCUCCCCAGUGUAUCGUGUUAGGAAGCAGAAGGCGGUGAAACUUGAAAGGCUUGCUCGUGUUGUUCAGAAGGAUGGCGCCAUUGGAUGAAACUUUCGUCUGCAAUUAGUCUUGGCUGUCUUUGACUUCUUAGAAUGCCUGUGAUCAAUCUUAUUGAAGAGGACCAGAAAGCAAGAGUGUCCAGGGUCCUUUACUUUCCCUGUACUAUUAUUGCCUGAGCCAUGGUUUUAGGCGCUGCAACUUGUUUAUGUAGCCAAAGUUUCUCUGUAAGAUAUUUUAUUUAUUCAGCUGUCAUGGAAUGUAACAAGAUCUAUGUAGUUGUGUAUUGGAUGCUACAUAGAUCUUAACUAGUGGAUUACAUACAGUGGCAGAGGGAGGUAUUGAGGAGAGGGGUCCUAGUCCACCACUUGAAAAAAAAAAAAUGGGACAAUAAAAUCUUUUAUGUAUAUAAGGUUUAGUAUGAUCCUUCACA